AUUAAGGUCAUAAAUGCAACACAGACUCACAGUCACUAACCACUCAUGUUUCCUGAUAUCACAGGGUAUUUUGAAAUAAUGUUACCACUUCCUUUUACUCCUGAAGCAUAGAACAGCCCACGGAUUUAAGCCAUUACAAAAUGCCAGUUAAUGUAAACUUUGGAGCUCUAGUGGAUGUUCCUUUUUUUCAGCUAACCUUUCUCCACUUCAAGCUGCUGAGAAACUGAGAAACGUCUGUGUCUUAAUAUGGCAGAAAAUGAAGAUUUUAAAAGUCUGCGAUCAAGAUUUCAAAAAAAUGUAGAUGACAAUAAAAUCAAACUUCAUCCACCUCCCACUAGAGUGAGACCAACUAUACCCAUCAAACCAAAUUCUGGGACAACUACUAACCAGGUUUUUCAAAGACAUCUGCCCAAAGCAACGUCUUCUCCAGAAUUACCUUCAUUCUCAAGCCAAAAUCGAUUUAAAACUACUGGGAAUAGUGUACAUCAAUCGAAUCAAAGUUUUACUAACAGAAGCAACUCAAAGGUUGAAAUUGAAACACCGGAAAGGAAUGUUCAAAAUAACACUAACGCUAAGCCGACAUUACCGAUGAAACCAUUGUUACCAAAACCUGGUUAUGUUACCAAACCUUUUAUUGGCAUGUCUACCAAGUCUCCUUCAAAAUGUAAUACAUUUACAAAGGACAAAUCUGAUAAUAUUCCCAAAUUUAAACUCUUGCCAAGUAAAGCUGUCCUUGGACCAAAGCCAAAUAAACCUGAACGUCCUCCUUAUGUAGAUUUGGAUAAAUUCAGAACAUUUAAUGAUUUCAGGGACUAUGUAGCUAUGAGAAGUAAUACAGUUAUUAGGAGAGAGCCUAGUAAGAUUUUUGCAUCACAUUCUCAGCCCAAUCUUGCGAUCGGCUCACCAUCUCACCGCAUUCGAAAAUCAGUAGGAGAAAGUCAAGAAUUGUAUGAAGAUGUUAUUCAGUUUAGUCCAUUUAGGAAAAGCAAAUCAGCUUCACUGCAAAAUUUUGUGAUACCAGAAGCUCAUCCAGAUGAAACAUAUGAUGACGUAGAACUGGUUUUGGGAAGUAGAAAGCAUUCUGUUAACAGCUCUUCUAGCGAAGCAAGUGUUUUGAUAACCAACUGGAGAAAUGACAUGAAUCUAAAGAAAACCGAGAAACUGGAAAAAGAAUUUAGGAAGAAAUUUCAGUUUCAUGGGGAGAUUAAAAUCUUAACUCGAAUGAUGGUUGACCCAAAUGCAGUGAUGCAAAAAUCAGGAGACAAAGACCUUUUGUACACAAGAGGUGAAAUUCUGGAUGUGAUUCAGAUGACAAAUGCAGACAAAAGAUUAUGCAGAAACUGUGAAGGGAAAUUUGGUUAUGUCCCAAGAAAAGCAUUACUUAAUCUAGAAAAGACUAUUUAUGAUAAUACAAAAGUUGACGAUAAUGUAUAUGAUGACACAGAACUUAUAUCCAACACAUUCCCUGCUGUACCUUCAAAAGCACGAAAUCAGCAAAGUUAUCUCACAAGAAUGUUCCAAAGAAAUACAAGUCAAUCAAGAAUCCAAAAGAAGCCUGAAAUACCAAAAAGGGUGAAACCUACAAAUAAAGAAAAAGAAGCAAAAGACUUAAAAAAGAGGUUUAAGUUUGUUGGUGAAAUCAGGGUUUUGACUCGAAUGAUGGUUGUUCCAAGUGCUGGGAAUAAAAGAGGUGGAGGAAAAGAAUUACCAAUCAGCAAAGGAGAAAUACUGGAAGUUAUACAGUUCACAGAUGAGGAGAAGAUAUUGUGCAGAAAUUGUAAAAACAAAUAUGGCUACGUUAAAAGGAGAUAUGUUUUGCAAAUUGAAAAGGAUAUUUAUGAUGAUGUCGACACUCUACGUUCAGGAACUGCACAGCGAAGAAAUUAAGAUUAUUUUUUCAAUAUUUAUUUGUCAAUAUUAAGAAGACAAAGGCUAAUACCAACAACUGAACAAACAAGUAAUAUUUCAUUGACAAGGAAAAAUGUUACUGUGAAGUGAUUUAUGGAAAGGAUAAUGUCCUUGCAAUCUACUAGACUGACUUGGGAGGGAUUAAAAACAUUCUUGGCACUGCAUUUGGCACCUAGGCCUCCAGAUGGACAUACCUGGAAUAUAGGUUUAAAUAUAGCCAUGCUAUGUUGCAUAGAUUUACCUAGGACCGUUGUGAAAAUUUUACAUUUCAAAAGAAAGUGUUUGACUACACUUUUAAAAGUAAAAUAUUUUUUCUGUACCUUGGGAAAGCAGAAUUAUUGUUGUUUUCAAAUUUCAUGUAAAAUGAUUGAUUAUACACUAAUGAUUUACUAAUAAUGAACCAAUAAAACAGUUGAUUUAUUGAAAGAACAUGGGGAAAUUAAAUAUUAACUAUUAAUAGUAUACGCGCGCAUUUCAGCACAGAAAUUAGUUUUUUCCUGAAUCACCAAUCCCCAUUAACUUCCUCUGAAUUCAAUUUAAAUAUGCAUUCAGUGGCAUAACUCUCGGAGGUGCAGGGGUUGAAAUCUCACCUGGAAUAUAAACACACAUCUUGAGUUUUUUUGUGCAUGUGUGACUGUAGGCCGUGUCUGGAAGAACUGUUCCUGCUGAAUUGUUCUUAGUACUUAAUAGGAUUGGCUGAGUAAUGGGAUGAGUUCUGAAAUUUUGAUAAUAGGCUGUAUUGAACAGAGCCAUCUAGAACCACUGACAUAAAAAUGAGCAUAAGCCUACUCUUUCUUACUUCUGUCCUCAUCCAAAUCUGUGUCCUCUGUGGGUUCAUGCAGGAUGGUUUCUUUAAGAUUCAUCAGGCGAAUGUGGCUUAGAAACUUUGUCUCCCAUAAUUCCUAGUUUUUGUGUCCAUCAAAUAUCAGCCUGCUCCAUCAGUUUCCUCCCUCUGUCCAGGGCCCAUAAUCUGUUGCCAUUCUGUUUAAAGGAGAAUUUAACCCUUAACUAAAAAUAUACCCAACCC